AUGCGUACGGGCUCGUCAAGUGAAACUGGGACCCAAAAUGAUCAACCUCAAGUUCUUGUCUUGCUGGCUUCUCAUCCUGUUAAUGCCGUUUCUGGCUUUGGGUGUACCUGUCGUGAGGACCCCAGGGCCACAAUAUCCUGUCGGCGACCCUUUUACGUACCUCCUGAGGGAUUCGAGUCGACAGUCGCAGGAAGUAUUCUACGCUAUCGGACACCACCAUAUCCCAUUGCAGCAUUCAGCUUGGCUCCAAUCAAUCUGGCCGCCUCCUACCAGAUCUUAUAUCGAACGACGAAUUCGUUCGGAGACGCUGUCGCUACUGUUUCUACCAUUCUCGUACCGCAUAACGCAGAUUUUACGAAGUUACUUUCAUACCAGGUGGCACAAGAUGCGGCCAACCCUAAUUGCUUGCCGUCUUAUGCCUUUCAGUUGGAAGCUGCCACGGAUUGA